AUGGACCACGAUCACGAUCAUGACCAUCCUGCCGAAACAGCUUCCGAUGAACAUGAUCUGUUGGUUGCCAAAUGUUUGGCCAUGGCCUCUCUCUUCUGCGCCACAGUCAUAUUCGGCUGCAUUCCAUUCUUAUUGAACUAUUGGCUGAAGUGGACCGAAAAGAAACCCGAAUCCCGUUCGGCUCGUGUCGUCCAAUAUCUGUUGUAUUUUGGUGGUGGUGUACUGCUGGCCACAACAUUCGUCCACCUGCUGCCCGAAGUGCAGGAGGUGGUGGAACAUCUUCAGAGCUGUGGACAAAUGGGCGAGACAAAUUUCGGUGUGGCCGAAGUUUUAAUGUGUGCAGGUUUCUUCUUAAUGUACCUCAUCGAAGAGUGUGUCCACAUGUAUCUGCAUCGUCACAAGACUUCGCACAAGCCCCACAAUGCCGACGAAGAUGAUUGUGUGGUGGCGGCGUUCGAGAGGGGUCACAGUGUUCGCAACAGUGUUCUGGUUAAGGGAGGACGCAAGAAGAAUCAUGAUUAUGUCGCGGAGGACAAUGUGGCGGGCACCAUUAAAAGUGUUGAGGUCAUGGCCGCCAACGGCAAUGGAAGUUAUGAAAAUCCCAGCUAUCUGCAGUCGACGCUAAAUGUGAAUCACCUCAUCGGCGAAUCGGGUUGUGAAAAACACAGCGACCUGCAAUUGGAACCGACCAAGUCACCCUGCCCCACACCCAAACACCAUCAUGACAAUCAUGCCAACGAUCAUCAGCAUCACGACCACGGUGGCCACGGCCAUUCACAUUUGCCUCUCGACUCUGGAAAUGGUGAUGAAAAUGUGGUCAGCUCUUCGCUGCGCGGUUUGGGUAUUGUCUUGGCCCUCUCUCUGCACGAAGUCUUUGAAGGAUUGGCCAUUGGUCUCGAAGAUAGCACGUCGUCGGUUUGGUUUCUCUUUGCCGCUGUCUCAGCCCACAAAUUGGUAUUGGCUUUCUGUGUGGGCGUGGAACUAAUUGUGGCACGUACCAAACCCAUUCUGGCUGCGAUCUAUACCAUCACCUUUGCCAUUGUCAGUCCAAUUGGUGUGGCCAUCGGUCUGGCCAUAAGUCAUGAUUCUUCGUCGUCAGAGGAUAGCUUACCCUCAGCGAUACUACAGGGCAUUGCCUGUGGUACUCUGCUGUAUGUGGUCUUCUUUGAAAUUCUUUCUAAAAAUCAUGCCGGAUUGGGUGCAUUUUUAGCCAUGCUGAUAGGAUUUUGCCUAAUGUUUGGUCUACAAAAUAUAGGAGAAGGUCAUGAUCAUGACCAUGACGGAUGUCCUGCAAUAGAUGUAGAAACCACAACGACAAAACUACUAGAGUUGGCCACAGCAACAACAAGCAAAUUUACAGCAUAG